UUCAGUGUGGCUCCGAGGGGGAAUCGCGCUGCACCUGCCAAACGCUCCCUCCGAGCGCGCUCUCUCUCCCUCCUCCUCCUCCCCCUUUCCCUUUUUGCCUUUUCACAUUUAUUUACCCCCUUCCUCCUCUUCCCCACGAAAAGCAGAUCCGCACAGCCCAGCGCGGAUACAACCCCAGCUGCUGCCCUGCUCCAAGAAGGACCGCUAUUGAAUGUGAUGCUUCUAUAGAUCUUUUAUCCCCCCCCCCUCUUCUAAUUCGCCAACCUCCCCCCCCCCGCACCACCCUAUUUAAAUUCUCUAUUUUGGGUCAUCUGGGAGGUUACUAUUUCUUUAUCUCUCCCCCUUCCUCUUUGGAGCAAAUGACAGUAUUGCAUUUUUCUUAUAUAUAGUGCGGGUUUUCUUUUUUCUCCUGCACUGAUUUAUUUUUUAAGAGAAAACCUCUGUCCUUUCAAACCCCCCCCCCUCCUCUCGCUACCCAAUUCCUGGAUGAGCCGAUCGCUCUCGCCCAAGCGCUGGAAGGAAGCUCCGGAAAGAAACAUGUUAAAGAAAAAACCCAGCGUCCAGCCAAUGUUUUGAAACAGUCGCGCAGAGAGGGAGAGAGCGAGAGAGCGAAGAGAAAACGACCAGAGGAGAGAGCGAGAGAGAGAGAGAGAAGGCAGGAAGAUUUUCGCCUCCUGCCUUUUUCCAGCAGCCGCCUCGCUCGUUUUGCAGAGAACCGGGUAGGAAAAGAGAAGCUCCAACAGAGGACCAGAAAAAUAAUGGGCUGACUCCUUCUCCACCAUCAUCCCCCUCUCUUAUGCUCCUUUUCUGAAAUCUCGUCAUCCACCCCCCUCCUUUUACCUUUUUAAUUUAAUUCUUUUUAAAUGCUCCUGAUUUCUUUGCCUUUAUUUCCCUCGGCUUCUUUCUCCUUCCCUUUUCCCCCCAAAGGCAAAAAGAGGCCGAUGUUGUGUGCAUUCGGGGAGGUCACGUCCAACAUCCGACUCUCUCUUUAUUUUUUGCAUCUGUUUUGACCCCUUCCUGCAUUAAACCCGUCCGAUCGUGGGGUGCUCCGAGGACUUUUUUUUUUUUUUUUAAAUUAAUUUGCAACUCUACAGAUCGCGAUGCUGCUGCUGCUGCUUCCGUCGCCGGCUGCUCCUCGGUUUUAAAAAGACUUGCCUGGUGCCGGGGUAAAGAAAAACCGAUUUAUUUAUUUAUGGAAAUGACUGGCUGGACCGGACCGGGAAGUCCCGACGCUUUUGUGUUUCUUUUUCUGUGAAAAAGCCCACCCAACUCCAGCCAGCCUUUCUUCCCACCUGGCUGGGGUCCCUUCUUAUAUUUAUUUCCAAAUUAACCCCCAAUAUAUUAUAUAUUUAUUUAUUUCCUCCUCCUUUCCAACCGAGCCAUGAAGAUGAUUUUGGUGCGCAAAUUCCGGAUCCUUAUCCUGAUGGUGUUCCUCAUCGCCUGCACCAUGCAUAUCAUGAUCGACCUGCUGCCCAAGCUGGAGAAGCGGGCGGCGGGCGCCGACGGAGCCGGAGACGGCAGAGGAGGCGCUGGCGGAGCCGGAGGAGGCAGCGCCAACGCGGGCUGCUCCUGCUCGCACGCCGCUGCAGCCAGCCGAGCCGGGGAGAAGGAAGGCGCGCGGGGCUGGGCGCCGGCUCCGGAGCUACCCGAGCAACAGCAGCAGCAAGCGGCAGCUGCAGCGCCGGCGGAGAGGGCCGGCGCCUCGGAGGCUGCCGCUGCAGCCGCGGGCUGGCCUAGCAAGCACACGCUGCGGAUCCUGCAGGACUUCAGCAGCGACCCCAGCUCCAACGUGAGCUCGCACUCGCUGGAGAAAGGCGCCUCGGAGCGGGCCGAAGCCUUCAAGCGCGCGCAGCAGGAGAAGCAGCAGCCAAAGGGGCCGGAUCUGACCCAGAAAGCGCUCAUCCAAGAUGGGGAGCUGCGCCACGGCCAGCCGAGCAAGAGGAGGCAGCAGCAGCAGCCGGGGAACCGCCUGGGAGGCCACCGGCCUCGCCAGCAGCCGGGCUACGAGGAGGAGGAGGACGAGGAAGGCGCGUAUUUCUCCAAGCUGGCGGCUCUCUUCGAGCACCCGCUGUACAAGCUGCCCGUCCCGCCGCUGGGAGACCAGGACGUCCUGUUCAGCGUCAACAGCGACAUCCGAUUCAACCCCAAAGCGGCGGAGAAUCAGGAAUGGCAAAAUGAAGGCAACGAAGACGAAGAGUUUCUACCCACUGGAGAAACGUCAAUUGAUUCCUAUCCAAACUGGCUCAAAUUCCACAUUGGCAUUAAUCGAUAUGAACUGUAUUCCAGACACAACCCGGCAAUCGGAGCCUUGCUUCAGGACCUGGCCUCCCAGAAAAUAACAAGUGUCGCAAUGAAAUCAGGAGGCACCCAGCUCAAACUGAUAAUGACAUUCCAGAAUUACGGGCAAGCCUUGUUUAAGCCAAUGAAGCAAACGAGAGAGCAAGAAACUCCCCCAGACUUUUUCUAUUUCUCGGACUACGAGCGGCACAAUGCGGAAAUUGCAGCAUUUCACCUGGACAGAAUCCUGGAUUUCCGGCGUGUCCCCCCAGUCGCAGGCAGAUUAGUUAACAUGACCAGAGAAAUAAGGGACGUUACGCGUGACAAGAAACUAUGGAGGACCUUUUUCAUCUCACCAGCCAACAACAUCUGUUUCUACGGCGAGUGCUCUUACUACUGCUCCACGGAGCAUGCUCUUUGCGGGAAACCAGACCAGAUCGAAGGCUCCCUCGCUGCCUUUCUGCCAGACCUGUCUUUGGCCAAAAGGAAAACCUGGAGGAAUCCGUGGAGACGUUCCUAUCACAAGCGCAAGAAAGCUGAGUGGGAAGUUGACCCGGACUAUUGCGAAGAGGUCAAGCAAACACCGCCCUACGACAGGGGGACCCGAGUGCUGGAUAUAAUGGACAUGACCAUUUUUGACUUUCUCAUGGGCAAUAUGGAUCGCCAUCAUUACGAAACCUUUGAGAAGUUUGGAAAUGAGACGUUUAUUAUCCACUUAGACAACGGAAGAGGGUUUGGAAAAUAUUCCCACGACGAGCUAUCCAUCUUGGUGCCUUUAAAUCAGUGCUGCAGAAUACGGAAGUCCACCUACCUGCGGUUGCAGCUGCUAGCCAAGGAGGAAUACAAGCUCAGCCACCUGAUGGAAGAAUCCUUGCUGAUGGACAAGAUCGCACCCAUCUUGUACAAACUUCACCUGGAAGCAAUGGACAGAAGGCUCCGGAUAGUCCUCAAGGCCGUCAGUGACUGUAUAGAGAAAGAUGGCUACAGCAACGUCGUCGAAAAUGACUUUGUCUCCGACGUGAACACGAUGGCUACCAAGAGGUAGUGGAGAUCACAGGACCACGUUUUUAUUGGUUCCGUGGAAGAAAGAACCGGAGCCGGGGAGGGAGGAACAGUCUUGCGAGGGACUGUGUAUGCCGCUGUGUGAAUUCAGUGAAUUCAGAAAUUGCGAUAAUAACCAUUCUCAAAGUAGCUAAGGCGUUGACUCUGCAGAGGAUUUAGCUCUGGGGCUCGGGCGCAACCAGAUGGACCAAUUUGGAUGCCCCUUGGGGAAUCUACAAGUUUUUGGCAGAUGCGGCCUCCCAGUUGCCACGGCCUCCAUGCAGUCCUGCUUCCCUUCAGCCCUAAAUUAUUUCUUCCUGUGGCCCGUGGCGGCGCAAGGGUUACACCUUGUGGGCGGAGCUUCUGGCAAGCCCCGCCUUGUGUUGCUGUAGAUCCUGCGAUGUGGUUGUGGCCAAGCCCUCUCCAACAUGCGCGCAGACACAAGACACACAGGCAUGCGGGGCACAUGGGUGAAGCAUACCAGCAAUGUGGGGAAGGGCUUGCAGGAAAUUUUGAGGUGGGUAAAGGAAUAGUUGUCUAUCUCCGGAUUAAGUGAUUAGAAAAAGAAAUGCACUCAUUGCCACACUUUUUAAAAAGAGCCGAUCCCCAAAACAUGAUUUGGAAAAAUAUUUUGAGAAUAUGAAUUGCCUGGUGGCAAAAUGCACUUCUUUCCUUUCCUUUUGAGCUUAUUUUGUUUGUACAGAAAGCAGAUCUUUAUUUAAUAUUUUGUAUUUAUAUAUGGAAAAAGUUGUCCUUUUGGUUUUGUUUUGUUUUUAAAAUGCAAGCCUGAGGGAGGGAAGGAGAAAGCAACCGUCUCAUGUUCACAGCUCACGAUUUACUAUCAAGGAAGGGCCAUAUAGAAAUAAGUCAACACUGUUAGCAACUAUCCUGGGACUGUUUCCACUUAGGAGUCCCAAGCAGGGAGAGAAUCGAACCAUUAUGUGCUCCCCAAGUUCAAAACUGCAUGCGCAUAGGAAAUGUAACAUGUCAAGGGGAAGGUUUGGCCUAUAAAUAUUGUUCCUGGCAUGCUAGCUUUCAAAGUGCAAAAGAAUUGGCGACAUGGAAGAAGCUUUCUCCUCCCCCUCCACACCCACAGACACAUAUUUAAAUAGUACAGUCUUAUAGAAGAACAUGCUUAGGAAUCAGAGAAUUGCAGAGUUGGAAGGGACUUUGUGGAUCAUCUAGUCCAACCCCUUGCAAUGAAUCUCAACUAAAGCAUCCAUGACAGGCAGCCAUCC